UGCAUAUGCAUAGAGUAUAGUUUGCUCAGACUAGCGGGGGAAGUUCCACUUCUAAAAAUAGAUAAACAGCUUCAUUUGAAAAAAUUAACAUACACAUAGGCUGACCUAGGGGCCGUUAUUUAUUACAAUCUUCGAGCAGGUGCGUGUCGCCAUGUUUAUUCCAGGAAUGUAGAUCAUUAGCCGAAAUUAUCGCUUUAUUUCACUUUGUAACGGAAACGCGGAUCACAGCUUCUUCGCCAUCGAGAACUGGAGCCAGGAAACCGCCAGGAGUUCCCCGACCGGUCUCGGAUUCGUUCUGGUAGAAGGUUUAUGUCCAAUAACGGGAAGCUACCAUGCAUAUAAAGUGCUGAAGAGACUCGAUCAGUCUACACUUUGGAUGAUCAGUUGUGAUUUGACCAAUGUUGUAGUUGGGCUUAAUUUGACCUUGGAGACAGGAAUCACUUCCAGGUUACAGGAUGCUUCUAAAUAUAAUCUUUGACUUCAGAGUUACAUUCAUGGAUUCCAUGGAGCGCUACGGUGCGACGGCCAUGUGCGCUGUAUAAGAAGCCACCGCUAUUAUUAUUGUUAUAUAAUGUAGCCUGAUUUAGGAAGGUAUUUUAGAUCAGGAUUGAACAUUAGGUCGAUGUGCCAUGGAUCGACCACACUCAAAUAACAGCAAUAACAUACAUGUCACAGGGGCAGAUUUAUACAACCAUUCUCCUCAGGUGCCGGAUAAAAGCAGCUGCAAUGGCGACACUGGGAGCGGAUGUUUAUCUCUUGACAUAGGAUAUAGUUCCUUCAACCCUGAAGACUCGCAGCCGAAUCAUUCCACGUGCAAUCUAAAAUCUGAGCAACAUAUGGGUCAUUUUCAAACGCCAGGAUCAGUUCCAAAUGGACCAUUCACGAGAGAGCCUUGUCACAAAGUGGGUCCCAUGCAAAGUCCACUGCAGAAUGGACUUAUGGACCCACAACCAUCUCAGAGUUAUUCAGGACAAGGUGGUCCCAGAAAUUUUUCAUAUUCUAGGGAAGCUGUAGAUGAAUAUCAAAGACCAGGACCUUUCCCCAGUGGACCCCCGUUGACCCCUUACCCUCAUAACGGUUACCAGAGUCAUAUACAGAAUGGUUAUACUAACACACCAUCACCCCAGAGAUGCUCGACACAAGGUGGUCCCAUGCAUUUUUCAUAUUCUGGGGAAGCUGUAGAUGAAUAUCAAAGGCAAAUAUCUAUUCCCAGUGGACCCCCUUUGACGCCCUACUCUCAGAAUGGUUACCAGAGUCAGGUGCUGGAUGGGCCCAUAAGCUCAAGACCACCACCUGUUGUCAGAAAACACUCAUCGUUUAUGCGACAGAAUGCCAUCGAAGAGGAGAUUGAUGAUGAUAUCGAUGAGCUUAAUGAUUCAGGUUUUAGCUCCAUGCGCAGAACGACCAGUCAGGAAGGGAUACGGAGAAGCCGCUCAAAGGAUGUGAGCGAUGCUCCCACUGAUGAUGUUAACAACAACCUGGCCCCUAGGAAGCUGGAGAGGGCCCAUUCAAGCCAGGAUAGGACUGACAAUGAUCUGGCCCAGUACCAGGGCGAGAAGCGGCGAUGUUCCUCGGAGCAGUUGCAACGGAGCAACAGGAGCAGCGGCUAUCAUUCAGCCGGCAAUUUACAGGGAGAACUCCCCACAGGCGAUGGAACCAAGCCUUGUGAUAUAGCGACACCAACAUCUGCAAAGUCAGCCGCAUCUGCAGAAGCUUCAGCAGCAGCCUCGGCAACGUCCUCGGCAACGUCCUCAGCAGAAGAUGAAGAAUAUAUGAAAUUUGAUUUUAAUGGAUUAAUGGAUAAAGCUGGACUCGAUUCUUGCAAGCCAGAGGUAUGGAAAGUAGAAGACCUUCACGAGGAAAUUUUGUCUCAUCCUGACCCUACUGUUCAACAAGAACUUAACAGUGAGAUGCAUUCUCAGCUAAUGAGAGCGUGGUCAGUGGAGCGGUUUUCCCGAAGUCUACUACUCAUCCCCAGCAACCAAGGCCAUGUGAAUAAACAUGUAGAUGAAGAUGUUCACAUGCCUAACACAUCAGGCGAUCUUCUCAUUAGCCCAAAUGAAUCAGCUCAGGAUGACCAGCAAGGCAACGAUGUUAGAGGCAAUGGUACAGCAACAAGAAAGGUUUCAGGAGAGGAGGUAUCAAAGGCUCAUGGGGACUUUUUGGAUCAAGCAACAAAGGACGAUCUGCAGACACUCCUUGAGAAACGGGCAUACUGUGAGGCUAUGGAACAAAACAUGUGCGAUUGUUCGAAGUGCAACAUGACAGAAUUACUCAUUGAGAAAAAAUUCAAGCUGUGCUAUCGCCGUGGCAAACUUGACCAGUGCAUGGGCUGCAGGGAGAUGGUCAAAGCAUACUGGGAUCACAGCAGGAGCUGCCGGUCAGUUCGAUGUGUGCUGCCAUACUGUGGCUACUUCAAGGAUUUGUGCAGUGAGAAGGGACUACUUCAUGACCCUGAGAUGCAUUUCUUUGAGGAAGCUUUAGGGUGCUUGAUAAAGGUGAAAGAGAUUGAUGUCUUAGAGAGACUGCAUGAACUGCAACAGUUACAACAACCCGCUGCUGAUGGGAAGAAAGCAUGGAGUGCUGAUGCAAAUGCAGAAAGCUCUCUCAAAAAGGGACAGCACUACACUGAUCUGAGAACAGAGGCCAAGCUUUGCAAGUUAGGACACUUUUCACCUAUCCGUUGCAAAGCCAGACAAUAUAAAGUAGCACCGAUCAGUGUCAUCAUCAAAAAGGUCCGGUGCUAUCCAAGUCUCACCGCUACUCUCCAGAUGCUCCAUUCUAAGAGUCAACCGUUCCUCGAAGGCAUCAUCUCAAGCUGUCUUUGGUACAGGCAGAUCAAAGAAGAAAAGCUACUUGUCUGUUCUACAUACCUCUCAGAAAAGAGUCUGUCGUCCUAUUUGGACGGCUAUGAAGAAGACACUCUUGAGAAGUACUGGAUUGAAGCAUGCGAAGCUGCAGUUACGCUUCAUGAGUCUGGAAUACUCUACCUCAAUUGGAAAGUGGAUCAUUUAGUGGUGACUGAUGAAGAUCGUGUGAAGCUGUGCAACUUUGACUACGCCGUCGAUAUCCGUUCCUCCCGUCGGGGGCUGAGAGGAUCAUGCUCUGAGGAGUGGAGAGGAACGGAGGUUCCGGAGCACGUGAAAACUGGGCUGGAUCCCAGGAUAGCUCCUCCAGAGGUGCUUAAUGGGAAAGGACUGACGCCGGAGUCAGAUUCCUGGGGUCUUGGAUGCCUAUUAUAUCAGCUUUACAAUGGUGGAUGCCUCCCAUAUCCUGAUCUCAGGCACUUGAGUGAUGAUGCAAUCAGGGAGAAGAGGUUGACUGAAAAACAUUCCAAGCUUGUCCCUGCUUCACCAAAGAUCCAGUUGCUGUCUGAGAUGUGCUGGAAGAAAGAUCAGAUGGACAGAAAGUCACCAGCAGAGUUGGUAACAUCGUUAAAUGUGUACAAGAAGAAAAUGGCAGAAACGAGGUACAGAUCACAUGAAACUGCUCAGCAGGAACAGUGAUUUUUGAUGUGUUUAUGGAGAUGGAAAAGAAACUUGAAAACAGUUCAGUUUCGCCGUCAUAAAACUUGAUAUCAAUGAGAAGUUACAUUGGCUAUUAUGCACUGAAGCCGUUGUAUUUGAUUGGCCGUGAGCAAGUUUUGAAACAAAAUAGAAAUGGGGCACUUGUUAUUGAUGAGAAAGUUUGAUUAAAUAGAGCCUUGGAGUGUGGGGAAUACUUCUGCUUGCUGGAAGAUAUUCUUGAUAAAAGUCUUGAAGUUACUUCAGUGACUAAUGGAAGGCCAGGGACCAGUUUCACAAAGCCUUUUUUCAAUGACAAAUGACAAAAAUUAGUGACAAACCUGCUGAUAACUAAUCAGAAGCAAGGAUUUCAUUAGCUUAAUUAUAAAAAAGCUGUCAUUAGUGGCUGAUGACAAGUUUUGUGAAAUGGGACCCUGAAGUUAUGUACUGUAAUUACGUGAGAAAAUUCAAUUAUGUAAAUUUGAUCUUGGAAGUUUUGAUAUUAGUGAUAUCUUUGGUGCCCAUAUUAGUUCACAGUGACAGCUAGUAUAGAUUUGGCACUGUAAACAAAUACAUUCCCAUUACCUCAUUUUUGUGUUUAAUGAAUGUGCAUUCAAAUCUGAAAGAAAAUAUUUCUAUAGAAAUAGAGGAAAGAUUUGCGGCAAAAAUAGUCAAUUCUGACUACUUGCUG